CCUGCAUUCGCGACGGGCUCAGGGUAUGGAGUCUAUACUGGUCGCGAGCAGAUGUCGAUAUCGCACAAUCAUUCUCGGAGGCUCAUCGAGGCAUGCGACGGCGGGGGUGGCGGCGUGAGAGCAGGACGGGCGAGGCAAAGGUUGCGCUGUUGUUUCGCCCGUCCGGUGCAAUCCCGCUUCCCGCCUCGGAGGGCCCGUGCUCCUGCUGCUGCUCCGAUUGGGCUAGCGCCGCUCCAGCAGACUUCACGCCUCGACUUUUUCCCAAACCUCCCACGUUCCGCUACCAUUCCCAUCUCCUUUCCUCUUCUCAGCCCUGCCUAGAACGCGAAUGGUCUGCUCCCGGCGGUCUCGGUGCCCGCGUGCUUUCCCAGUCUCUCAUUUCGAGUCUCCAUGUCCGUCGUGCUCUCGGUCGCUACUUCUUUCCUUCCCCUCACAUCAGCAGCCUAGCCAGCUCUAUCACGUACCAACCCUCGUCAGCCCCCAAUAUUCUCCUCCUUAGAACCCCUCUAUGCCAAUCAGUCUCAAGGAUCGACUUUUCAUACUGCGUCAUUCAUCGGGGAGACUGAGGGCUUUGGGCGUUCCUGGCACGUGCGUUUGACCGACCAAAUUUGAGAACGCGCACCUCAGUCUUCGCUUCCCCUCCACCCCCACCUCUCAAAUCCG